CGUAGAUACCAGUCUCUCAGCUGAUUAUUACAAGCACGUGCAUCGUUAAACGCAAACAAGCAGGCGGCAUUGUCAGCUAUGGACAAAACACUGGUAGUUAGAUAGUUUAGCUUUCUGUCGCACGUACACAGCAGAAGUUACUGUUGCACAUUUCAGAAGAUUUAAAGGGAAGGUAGGAGAAAAAUGAGAGGCCAAUCAGACUCACAAUUUUAGAACUAACCCUUUCGGGAGUCCCUCCCUCCACUGUCCCGGCGAAGCAGAGUUGUUCAGUAUAUGCCCAAUCGUCAGAGGGACUAUGGUGGAAGGCUGGUAAAGAUGGCGGCUCUCUCCGAGGAUGGGAGGUACGGACUGAAUUGUAGCCGACGGAAUGCGAGCAAAAUCACAGUAUUGCACGUAAAACUGACGGAGACAGCCAUACGAGCGCUAGAAAACUACCAAAACUGUAAGAAUGUACCGUCCUCGCAGCCAACUAUACAUUUCCAGGGACUUCAAGGGCGUAUUAAGAUUCCCCGGAUGGACGCCCCUGACAGCGCUAACUUUGAUUUCUACUUGUCAAAUGUUGGCAAGGAUAACCCUCAGGGCAGCUUCGAGUGUAUCCACCAGUACAUGUCCAGUUCUGGCACCCCGCACCUGGCGUCUCUGGGCACGAUACAGGACAAGAUCACUGUCUGUGCCACCAGCGAGUCCUAUCAGGUGACCCGCGAGCGCAUGACUCAGGUCGAGGAGGACUCGCGCAAGAAGAGCACCAAAGUCAUCAAGCCUGGUGGCCAGUUCAGAGGUAAAACCGUUCAGAUGCGCAAGCCGGCGCCCUCUGCCCCGGACCCAGUCCCCGAGCGCAAGCGCUCCACGCCCAUCAACCCAGCUAGCACUAUCCGCAAGUGCCUGACCAACAACCCAGUAGCGCAGCGGCCGUACCGUGACCGCGUGAUCCACCUGCUGGCCCUGCGUUCCUACAAGAAGCUGGAGGUGCUGGCGCGCCUGCAGCGCGACGGGGUCAGCCAGAAGGACCGCAGCUCGCUGGGCAGCACCCUGCAACAGGUGGCCAACUUGAACCCCAAGGACAAUUCGUACUCUCUAAAGGACUUCAUCUACCGCGAGGUGCAAAGGGACUGGCCCGGCUACAACGAAGAUGAGCGCACGCAGCUGGAGCGGCUUCUGACCCGGAAGGGUAUUCUGCCGGAGAGCCUGCCAUCCACCAGUCCGCCGAAGGAGUCAGUCCCCACGUCCCCACAGAAACGCCAGCUAGAGGGUGACUUCAUCGACCCUUUGAUGCCCAGGAAGCCGCGCAUCUCCCACCUCUCCAGCCGAGCCCCCCCACCCCCCCCCCCCCCCCCCUCCUCCCUCUCCUCCACCUCCUCCUCCUCCUCCUCCUCUGACCGGCGCUCCAGCGCGGCGCCUCCGCCCCCUCCCCCCUCGGCGGCCUGCCCUGGGCCGGCCGCCUCCGCCUCCUCGUCCCCUCGUCCUCAUCCCCCGCCGCCCACCGGCUCCACCUCCAACUCGCCCAGCACGCCCGAGGGCCGCGGCUCGCAAGACCUGCCCCUGGACCAGAGCUCCACCUGCGCCGAGGCGGCCGACCGCUACGACCGCCCGCUGCUGCCGCUGCCGGCGUCCGCCGCCUCCCGCGCCCACUCGCCCAGCCCCCCCCCUCCUCAGUCAGGCCCGCCCACGCGCCCUCCGCCUCCCUCUGCCGCCCACGCGCUCCCCAACGCCCGCGCCUCCCCUGACAGCGGCGUCAGCAGCAGCAGCAGCAAGAAGCCCAAGAAGAAGUCCAAGAAGCACAAAGAGAAGGAGCGGGAGCGAGAGCGCGGGAGGGAGGAGAAGAGGGAGAGGAGGAUAGAGGAGCGGAGGGAGGAGGAGAAGGCCACGGUGGUGGUGGUGACCACGGAGGAGGAUGAGAGGCCCAGGAAGAAGCACCGCACGGAGGAGAAGCACACGCCGGCCCACAGGAGUCCCAGCUCCGAACAUGAAGAUGGGAAAGACAGGACUGUCCACUCCACAGAAGUGUCCAGUGCACCACUCGCCCCAGACUAUAUCACUAAGUACCCAGCAGUGGUGUCUACGGACCAGAGGCAGCGCUACAAGGACGACUUCAACUCCGAGUACGACGAGUACCGCGUGCUGCACGCCCGGGUGGACGGCAUCAACCGCCGCUUCACCCAGCUGGACGCCCAGUGCCGCCGCCUCACGCCGGGAUCCAAAGAGUACCAGGAGGUGCACGAGGAGGUGCUGCAAGAGUACAAGAAGAUGAAACAGCACAACCCAAACUACUACGAGGAGAAGCAGCGCUGCGAGUACCUGCACAACAAGCUGGCCCACAUCAAGCGACUCAUCGCAGAGUUCGACCAGCGGCGGGCCCAGUCCUGGCGCUAGCGGCCAGGGCGGCCGGUGGGCGGGGGAUGGGGGGGGGGAGUGCCAGGGGACCACUACACUGGGAUGCCCAAACCUUCAUUUCAAAGUGUGAGAGCGAGGCGGGGGUGAUAUGGAAGAGGUAAAAAGAACUCCCUUCCCUCCGUGA